AUGAUUCGAUUCAUUCUCAUCCAAAACCGCGCCGGAAAGACCAGACUCGCGAAAUGGUACAUGCACUUUGACGAUGACGAGAAACAGGUAUCCGCCUUUCUUACCAACUUUCCUGGACCAUCAUGCUUUGCAGAAACUGAUCGAGGAGGUACACGCGUGUGUGACUGUUCGUGACGCCAAACACACCAACUUUGUUGAGGUAAUCCAAUCCAGCUGGCCGAAUGAGCUGUGAGAGCAAUCGUUUUCAGUUCCGCAACUUCAAGAUCGUCUACCGACGUUACGCAGGGCUCUACUUCUGCAUUUGCGUGGACAUAACGGACAACAAUCUGUAUUACUUGGAGGCCAUUCAUAACUUCGUUGAGGUGAGACUAAAGCUCCCUCUUUUUGCAAAACCGUGAGCUUUCAGGUGCUGAACGAGUACUUCCAUAACGUCUGCGAACUCGACUUGGUCUUCAACUUCUAUAAGGUGUACACCGUUGUCGAUGAGAUGUUCUUGGCUGGUGAAAUCCGUGAAACGUCGCAGACCAAGGUGCUGAAGCAACUGCUCAUGCUCACUUCUCUAGAAUGA